ACGGAAGCGGAAUCUCAAAAACCUACUGGCAGCGUUUCAGUGACGGUCUUCAGCAGCUCCGGUUACUGUUCGGGAAAGGGAGAAAUACAGGCUGGAUCCUUUUGAAUGAUGUUGAGUUGAUUUAAAAAAAAAAAAAAAGUAAAACCAGUUUGACACACUGGACACAACAGAAGUCCAGAACACACAACUCCCUGACAUCCUGUGUUUUGUGGCGGAAAGCGAGGCAGAUGUUCCUCCACGGGGCUUGUUUACGUGUGAAGCGUGUCCUCUCUUGCACUCUCUCGCUCUGAGACGCCGCCAUGGCUGUGUUUCCCGUCGUGUCCAGGCUCACUUGGAGGACCAAGUAUCUGCUCUUGCUAGUGCUGUGUGCGUGUGUGAUAGUGUGGAUUGUGUCCAUCUCUGACAGCCAUGUGAAGACCCGUGAGCAGGUGCUGACUGCCACCAAGGCUCGGCUGGAGAAGCAGCAGGAUGAAGUGGAUAAGGAACGAGGGGUGAAAGACCUCUGCCCAGAAAAAUCACCACUGCUCCGUGGAUCUGUGAGUUUGACGUUCGAGCCGUCUCUGACGCUCGGUCAGGUGGGGGCGGAGAACAGAGAUGUGGUGGGGGGACAGUAUGAACCGAGCAAGUGUACAGCGAGGCAGAAUGUCGCCAUUCUCAUCCCUCACCGGAACCGAGAGAAACACCUGCUGUACCUGUUGCACCACCUUCACCCAUUUCUGCAGCGGCAGCAGCUCCACUACGCCAUCUACAUCAUCCACCAGGCUGGUGAUGCAAUGUUUAACAGGGCAAAGUUGUUGAACAUCGGUUAUCUGGAGGCUCUGAAAGACUUCAACUGGGACUGUUUCAUCUUUCACGAUGUUGAUCUCGUCCCGGAAAACGAUCACAACUUGUACAUGUGUGAAGCACAACCGAAGCACUUAGUGGUGGGCCGAAACUCCACCGGGUACAAACUGAGAUAUAAAGGUUAUUUUGGAGGCGUGACAGCGAUGUCCAAGGAGCAGUUCGCCAAAGUGAAUGGUUUUCCGAACACCUACUGGGGCUGGGGAGGGGAAGACGAUGACCUGCGCAUACGGGUGCAGCUGCAGGGGAUGAAGAUCGUGCGCCCGCCUGCCAUAAUUGCUCGCUACACCAUGGUGUUUCACCAAAGAGACAACGGCAACGAGGUGAAUAGGAGCAGACUUCUUCCUCUCCUGCAGGAUGCGUUUGCUGGGACAGACGCCUCAGACGUGGAGGAAGGACGGUCUGAACUCCUGUUCGUACAAAACUCUGUCAGUGGAGCGUCCUGCGCUGUACAUUAACAUCACGGUGGAUAUCGGCAUACCGCCAGCCAUGCCCUGAGAGCCUCCUGCACCGUACGUUAACAUCCAUGUGACGGAGUGGGCGGAGUCUCUCGGAUGGUUUUCAAGGCGAGUGUUGCAGGUUCGUCACGUUAAAGACACUUCACUUGGGCUUGGAGCAGGUGAUCAAACUCCUCCAUUCCUCUCUGUGCACACUGAGGGGGUGAAUUUUCAGCCCUAUCAGGAAAAAAAAGGGACCACCAGAGGCCAGAACUGUGACUCGCCAGACAUUUUCAUAUUCCAGUGAUUGUUUAGGACAGCAGGCUCCGCCCCCUGAUUGAUUGUGUUGUGUAGAAAAUUAGGAAUAAUUCUGCCUGGGCCCCAGACCACAACUGGGUCCUGGUUCUUCUGCUGGAACUGUGCCUCGAGUCUCAUAGUUCUUGAAAGAGUUCCUGUGGUGGAAACACGCCUCGUACCAGGAAGUGACACUGUCACACUAGUUGUAUUAUCACACACACACACACGCACACUGAGAGCUACUCAUGUGUAAACCACCCAAACCUUCCUGUCGAUAAACAUUACAGCAUCGCUUACUAUUUAUUCCUCGCUAUCCGCUCUGAUCCUCUAAUCAUUUGCGAGGGGAAACAAAAGAAAGGACUUUGCAGUUUGGAUUAUCUCUGAAGGGUGGAGUCAAGUUUUAAAUAAAGAAUUUCUCUUGAACUGUGAGUCUAGUCAAUUGAACUGAACGUAUCUCCAAACACCUUUUAAUACUGAGUAGAUUUCUUAAAAACAUGGCUACCAUCAACAAUCAGCCCUCAGAGGCAUUUCAAGAGGUAUUUAUUAUUAUUAUUAUUAUUAUGAAACUUGUACUUUGCUAAUUUGUGGGUUUUUUUUUUUUUUUUUAAUUGUUCUGUGUAUUUUUGCAAGAACUGGCCACGAUGAGCGCUGUUUAUGAGCAGUGCUUGGACCCUGCUGAUCGCUGCUUGCAGUUGUAGUGUAUAAUGAUUAUUUAAGGUAAAUGUGAUAAUUAUGAGAUGAAAACAGGAUGCUGCGCUCUAAAAACGUAACAGUGAGGAUGGCAGGGUUUGGGUGUGUGUUUAUACUGAGAGAGUUUACAGAACUUCAUGAAGGUUCUGGUCUCAAUGGUGUGUGUUUUUUUUUUGUUUGUUUGUUUGUUUUUUUUUGUGGACUGCAUUUAAAAAAAAAAAAAACUUUCAAAAUUCUGCAAAUCGCGUGUGUGUGUGUGUGAGGAUAAAUUUUGUGAGUGAGACAUAGCCAUGCACUGUUUCUCUUUCGGAGAGUUUUUGUGUGAAUGAUGAGGUUUUGGUUAUUUUGGAGCGGUGGGAUUUUCUGUAUGAUGGAGAAGAAAUGUAGAAACCUAAAACACUUAAAGUACUUUAGCAAUAUGGACAUACAGAUGUCCUUAUUUACAGAAAUGUGUGUUACACUUGUAUAGGGGUUGUUAAAUGAGGUGUGGGUGUGUGUGUGUGUGUGUGUGUAUACUGUUAACACUAUGAUAGACCUUCAGUUUAAAUUGGCUCAAAAAAGGUUUGCCAGUAAACUGAAGUCAGAAAAAUAUGAAGGUUCUUUUUAGAAAAACAUAAUUAUAAUAAUAAUGUGAUACAAAUAAAAAAAAUUCACAUUUUAUACUGUAUAGCUGACAUUAAGUGAAAUCAGAACUUUUAGCUCGCUAAUCUAAAUGGUUUUGUUCGGUUAUUCACAUUUGAGGCAGCGAGUGUAAAAAGUUGUGCAGUUAAAUUUGUUUUCUAAUCAGAAGAUGAAUAAAUCUCAGUACAGCUGAAGAACUGGGCAGCAUGAAGGACGUGUGUGUGUUUAUUAUUUGCUGCUGAGAUGCUCUGAAGGAGAGAAUGUCAGAUUAAAUGCCUUAUUGUUUACAGCAUUAUUUUGUGUUUUUGUUUAUUAAUCCAAGUUUAUGGUAACGAGUCAAAUUUAAGCCCCUUUUUGUUUUUUGUUUUUAAUUUGAUCAGUUUACUGUUGGUGCACAAGUUGAAUGUUACUCUGAGUAUCUGUACAUUACAUUAAUAUAAUUAAUGAAGAGCGUUUUUUUCUUUGCAUUGUGCUCUUCUUUUGCUUUUAUAUCUUUUUUUUCUGUUUAUUUUAUAAAGUUAUACACCAAAAAAAAAACCUAUCUGUAGUUUCUCUGGUGCACUGCUGUAAUUCUGAGUGGUGGUGGGUUUUAGGACUCGGAUAAAUCAUUUAUUUAAGGAUGAAUAUGUUGGUCUGGGUUUUUUCUUUCUUUCUUCUUCCCGUGAUUUUGCUCUGAAGGACAGAUUUCAACUCAUGUAUGGAGUGGAUCUUAUAACUGAGGUUAUUUUAUUUCAUCCAAUUACAGAUGUGAUUUUAGAGGGCAUACAAUGUGAUCAUUUUAUCUCCAGUUUCUAUUUAUCUUUUGCUAUUUUUCUUUCACUCUUGAUUAUAUUUUUAUUCUUGCGCUUUCAGAAUUUUGUUCAUUUAUUAAUUUUGCUUAUUGUAGGUCAUAAAAUAAUAAAUAUUUAAUCACGUGUUAUUUUGGUACUAAGAUUUAUAUUAUUAGUAACUUGAAUUGAAGGAUUUUAUGAAUUUAGAUAUUUAAAAUUAUAACAGUAACAAUGAAUAAGAAUACAUUAUGGAUGAAAUAAUUUAUUAAUAUUUAGUUGCAGUGUGUCUCCAGCAGGUGACGCCACUCAAACUCGGAGUUCUCUUCACUGUUUGAAUCGGGGUUCGGGUCCUUCCGCGCCCUCUAGCGGUAGGGAGUUAUAACGCGGUUAUAACUGAAACAUAAGCAUGUAAAUGAACCCCCCGCCCUGAGUGUAAUAAAAUUUAUAUUACAGUUUA